AUGGCGGGUCAACAGGAUCAGAUUCACAAUCGCGGCUUUCGCGAGGCUGUUCUGGGCAGGUGCGAGGUGCAAACCUGCGUGGACCGGUUUGGCGAUGGAGCUACCGAAGUCAUACGGCAACGCGAGCGCGACCAUAUAACCCAGUCUGAGACCGAAACGCUUGUGCAGGGAGUCCCGGCUGGACAGAUCGUCACCGGGGUGGAGGAGGAAGAGGAGGCUGUGGAUGGUGGCUCACAAGCGCCUAGUCUGGAGAGGAAGAUACCAAAGACGCCCUACUUCAGGAACAACCUCACCGCCUUGUCACAAAGAUACAAUCUUUACUUCGCUGCCUACGAAAACCGAAUCUUCAUCUACCGUCCCAAAAGCAUCCUGAAGCAGGCACUCCCGCGCGAACCGAACCUCAUACUGGCGACGAAGCCCGACAGGAUUGCGCGACACAUUGGUGGCACGCUCGACAGACGUUUCCAUCAUCAGGCAAACCACAUUGCAGUGGGCUUUUUAGGCAGGGAGGAGGUGCUUGUUUCGGUCUACGACGACGGGUCGGUUUUUGCGUACUACACCAGGCACGUCGCCGAGUAUAUUGAGCGCGCAUCUUCCGGCUGCCGAAGCACGAACCUCAUCCCGAAACCAUUCUUCCGUGAGAAUGUGGGAGUCUCGGCAUGGGGUAUCGCGAUUCAUCAAAAGUCACGGCUUAUCGCCGUCAGCUCCAACCGGAAGGAGGUGACGGUCUUCGCUUUCGGACUUUCGCGCCUGCCGGAGGCCAUGGAGGGUCGGGAGCGGCCGCUGGACUACUGCGAGAGAUCGGUCCUUAAGAGGAAGCGAAAUUGGAGGAUAUGCAUACCCCUGGGUGACGGGGGUCACAACAUCCCCAACAUAUCUCUGUGGGAUGACCACGAGGGAUUUGCCGAGAAGGUCGUUGCGAAUGACAUCAAUGGGACGACCUGGGUCUUGGACAUCUGGAAAGUCGGGACGGCGCCGUUCAAGAUCUCACACAGGGCCAACAUCCAGGGCCAAUGGGCCUUCCGCAACCCGAUGGGUUGGGGAGUCGUUGUUCUCCCAUAUGAGAGUUUCCUGCCUGCAGAUUCGGUGACGAAUCUCCUAGGCAUGGAGGCAUCAGACAUCAUGAACGCAAAGAACUCGCAUGCGGGACGGUGGAUCGAGACUCAGCGCGGUCUCGCGCGCAUUCGCGAUCAUCCUGGAGAGCCUGUCGCCCAACGUGUGCCAGAACCCGAAGCAUUUGGAAAUCAACAUCCUCCGAUCGCAUGGUUUCAGCCUCAGCAGCCCGCCUUCCUGGCCGCUACUUUAAACGGCCAGCCGUUGCUUGCUCUGCCCGCGCCUCCUCCACCGCCCGACGACGAUGAUGGGAACACCUCAGAUGGCGCCGAGGCGGUUCCUCCCAACGCUCCUGCCGCUGCCCCUCCUGCUUCUCUGUUACAGAACGCUGUCUUGUUCAUCCCUGACCACGAUGAGGAUGGAUGGAGUGAAGAGGAAGAGGAAGUUCUGAACCCGGCGUGGGAUGAUAUGUCGUCGGCUUUCGAAAGUGAAGAUGACGAUAACGCGAGUUUCGCUGGGUUGCUUGGAGAUGACGAUGCGAACGAAAUCACCUUCAUCGAAGAGGCGAUAUCCAAUCCAGAAGAGGACAUGGGGGUCGGGGAGGGGCUGACACAGAUUUUGCCCCCCGAUGGGACUCUCAGCAUCCUCAAAGCCGCAACAGGCCACGACUUGAGCGGGUAUCAAUCAUCAUGGUUGGACAUGGUAUUCACACCUCAUGACGGCAAGACAUACGUCUCACCAUCUUCAACCAUCGGUCGUCUCCAAUACUUGCACCGGUCAGAGGUGAAGAACCGAAACACCAAGGAACAGGACAGGAAAGUCCUCCAAGACCUCGGCAGCCGGUGCUGCAUCCUACGGACCUACGAGGAGGAUAUUGAGAUGCGAAGCAUCGACCCGGAUGACGGCGCCGCCAUCUUCUGCAAGGAUCCCAUCAGCUGGAACUAUCCGCCGCACCCGCUGCUCCAGCACGCCGAGCGCCUCAACAUGAUUGUCCAUGUGCCCGAGCUGUCGCUGGUGGUGAUCGGGUCCGCCAUUGGCCGCGUGAUCCUGCUUACCCCUACGCGGCCCCGACACGAGAUUCCGGGAGAUGGGUUCAGGCUGAAGCGGGGGUUCCGGAUCGACUGGGUCUUACCGACGCGGUCCGACGAGAAGGCCGGACGCCGACCACCUCGUGGGCUUUACGGGAUUGCUAUGGGGCCAGUUCAAGAGGGCGGCGCAGCGGGGUGUCUGCUGAGGUCUGAUGAUGCACCUGCCCCAUCGCCGGCGUCGAGGCGGUAUAGGCUCAUGCUGCAUUACCGCGAUCACAGCAUUUUGAGCUAUGAGAUCAGUCGGGAUGAGAAGAAUGAGGACAUUCUCAUUUUUUGA